CGCUAAGCUGUCAGGUAUGCCAUCAACAUCGAAGUUGAAUGGGAAGCAGCCGAAAUCUGACAAGAAGUAUGAGGAGAAGCAGGAGGAGAAGGAGGGUAGCGACGACAGUGAAGACCUUGUGGUGAAGGUCACGUCCACCCGGGGUACCACAGCAUCUCCCAUCCUCCGACUGUUCAUCGCCCAUGCGCUCACGCAGCACAGCCUACCCACUGACCAUUGGAUUCUUGACUCGAGCACAACAGCAUUCAUGAGCUCACACCAUGACUGGUUCAUUCAAUUCACGAACCUUACCUUACCGAGGCAUAACAUAUACUACGUACUGCAGCUCCAGGGCAACCUCCUCUCCACCUCACGACUCACCGAACAAGGUCAGACCCUCACGUUCUGUGGCGACACCUGCAAAAUCACUUGCAAUGGCGAGACGACGGGCCUAGCGCACAAGACGUAUGGUCUCUACGUCCUCGCAUCGAUCCAACAUGCUCCCAUGCGAGCAUUCGUAGUGCGCGCGGACUCCUUCACAGAUCCCAAUGAGUAUUCACUUGAAGCGCUGGCAGCAAAGACGAUGAUGCACAGGAUGAACAUCGUAAAGUGGCACCACAAGGCCUGCCACAUGGGUACCAAACUCACCCUACAAAUGGUCUAUCAAGGCACGGUCAGCAACACGAACACCGUGAGCAAUGCAACUCAUGACGUGAAGACCAGUAAGCCCAUCCAGACGGGUAUCAAGCCCUCAGCCACACACAUCUGCAUGCACGGGUGUAUGGCCCAUAAUGCCAGACUCGACGUCAAUGGGCGCACACACGAUACGCAAAAUGCUGCCUCCGACGAGGGUGUCCAUAUCUGGCAGAUAUGCACGGUGAUCGACCCUGGACUUCAGCACGAAGUGCAGGGCAAACUGCCGAGCUCAUCUGCCAGCACUCCUCACAGCCCUCACGAACGACGAGCAGCUCGUAUCGUGAUCGUAGCCGCCGAACACGACCCAACGCCACCACCACUCGAUGCAUCCAGUAGCACGUCCACCGGUGAUGACGACAAUGACAGCAGCAAUGACAAAGACGAUGAGGGCAACACAGUACCCUCGCCCAGCUAUCACAUCACGUUGCCAUGCCAGACUGCGUCAAACUGCUCGCCUCCUUCUCCGCCUCAGUGCGAAAAUGAGAAGGAGCACUUACCUGCCAUCUCAAAGGCUGCAGCAUCUCUCUCACACACUCGGACUCAAUGCGCAGCCACUCCCGCUCCCACUCCAAAGGCUCCAAAGAGCCAUCUCAUUUCCGCGCUCAUCAGCGCGCACCCAGUGCCAAUUCGGGAUGACAAUCUGUGGUCCUCUGUCAGCGCAUACAAGCCCAAGACAUUUUCAGGAGGCCUUGGAGCCAAGACAAAGUGGGCAGUAGAGACUCCAGAAGGAAGAACAUGCAUCAAGUGGGCACAGUCAAACGCGAUAAGGCUCACGUGGGCGCUAAGGGUCACUCAGUUGAUGAAGAACCUUGGAGAAUCAACGUCAGAUGCAGAUCAAUGGAUAUUAGCGACAAUGGAAGAACUUACCCCAAUCGUCAAGGCCACACUCAAUGACGAGUAUGACCGUCCACGCACCGCAAUCGGGCACGAUCCAGGUAAAGUCACACGAUGCAGACAGCAUACAGCAGCCCGGGUUCUAUCCGCCCAGACGGACUCAAGAAACCCUACACCACAGGCACUUACCAUCCAAUCUGUGCAAGUCACAACAUGUGCUGAAGACCCUCGGUCACGCACAGUACAAGCAGCAUGAAGGAUUCAAUUAGUGUUCUAAAAAAGUAGGUCCGCAUUCCCACUGAGUGGGCAUGUUGAAAAUCAUAUGGACUUUAUGUCCAGUGGGAGACAGACUUAGACAUUCCGCGUGC